ACAGCCUCAUUGACAUUGUGAUCAAGACUUGUCGGUUUCUUUCCACCUUUCCACGCCGGACUGCAAAGUUAUGGCAGGAGCUGAAGUCUUAUCUGUUUUCAAAGACCUGCCUGUGAAGAUACAAGCGUCGAAGCUUGCGUGUCGAAAAGAUCUCUUCGCUCAGUUAGAAGAAGCAAUAAAAAAUGAGUUGCCAGGGCCCGUGGUGCGUGGCUUAUGCCAAGCUGUGGUGCGAGUAUCUCUCCAUCGGUACCAGGGUCGCCCUUCCAGGAGACUAGUGCACCGUUUCCUGGCAUCCCUGGUGCACCAACAGACACCUGCAGCUCGUCAGCUUGUGGACGCACUGACUGAAGUGACUCGUGUUCACGGUGGCCUCGUCAUCACGAGGAACCUCAGCAGUGUGUGCCUGACAGCUCUUGAGUGGUCAUGUGUUCUGGACAGACCCAUGCUAGAUGAAUCUCUACUCAAAGCUUUGGUUGACACCCAAGCUUGCCUCGUCCUAUGUGUCUGGGCGUCGGGCAAUGUGACUCUCCGGCGCAAGGCUGCUCAGUGCCUCCGACAAUUCUGGAGCGAAAAAGUGCCUGUAUCGGACUAUGUGAGUGCGUUGGUAUCCCUCGAACCAUCUUGGGCUGUGCUGCAACUGUGGUGUGCCCUGGUAACUCAUCUCGAUGAACGGCGCCUCACACAAGUUGUGGAUGCUCAUAAGGGCCGCUUUCUGGAGCUAUUUAAAGUACAGGUGCUUGGAAGCAAGGCAAGACCACCGCCUCAAGUACUGGAGGCAUGCCGAGCUUUGCUUCGGCAUGCCAGCCAUGACGACUUUGGGCAGCUCUUGUUACCGGCUAUGCAGAAGGCCCUCCUACGCAAUCCGGAGCAUCAAAUGGGAAGUGUGUCGUGCAUUCUCCAGGGAGUUACGCUAGAACUCAGUCGCUAUGCCGUUGAUAUCGGAAAAAGCCUGGCACCGCACGUGACGGGCUUGAAUGAAGAAUGCAGAUCAGAAGCUGUGGCCGCCUUGGGGAAUCUGGCUCGGCAGUGUGGGACCCGGGAGGUCAUCGAAACCCUCAUUUGCCAGUUUGCUGACCUGCUUCAUGCGCCUGAAGCAAAGCUGUCAACCACUUCUCAGCGACAAAAUCUGCUGUCUGGUCUCGGAGAGCUAAGUUCCCAUACAGUGCCAGGUGCAGCUGCGGAUCUUUGUUCUUUAGUGUUGGAGCGUCUGCUGCCGGUGCUGCGUAGUGAAGUGCACGAGGGAACGUUGGUUCAGUCUUUGCGCGUGCUGUCUCGAUGGUGCGGCCUCAGCCAGGACCUUCCUCAAGGCUUGGUGGAGUGCUUCCAAGCAGGUCUUACCCACAAGUCGUCUGCUGUGCGCUAUGCCUACCUGCAGUGCAUGUUGGUGACAUUCCAUCAUGGGGCCCCCCUGGUUAAGGCUGAACCCCUUGUUCCUGCCUUGUUGAAGAUCAUCGAGCGCGGUUUGGCCCAACCAGCCCAGGUGCCGGUGGUCUGCGAGGCCUUGGCGACUGCCUGCCUGGUGUUCCGUCUUCAUGCAGCAGUGCUACCAUCGGAAAAUCAGCUGAAGAGCAUGGUACAGCAGUUGCUGGAUCCGCAGAAACAGCCCUACUUCUCUGACAAGUUCCUGCAGGCAGCUCCUGAGGAUGCUCAGUCACUCGUUCUCCAGCUGGCUAGUCGUAUGUUAUUGGAUCAUCCUGACACCUGCUUUGCCAACCUUCAGCCGUUUGUGCUCCCAUUUCUGCGACCCCUGUGCCAUGAGUUGCUGACCGUGCGUCAAGCUGCUCAGGCUACUGUACGCAAGAUGGUCUCGGUACUGAGUGGUACGAGCCUGGCGUGCUACCUUCUGAAUCAGUUCCCAGGCUUUGUCCAGCACCUCCAGCGACCUCAGGAGUCUCUGCAAGCAGUGGUCGGAGGUGCAUUGAUGGCACUGUGCUCCGGUGCCAACCUGGAUGCACGAGAUUCGCAAGAACUGGCCCUGGCAUCCUUGCUGCCUGCUCACCUUCCAUUGCUCAGUUGCGGACAGCCGAGGUUGUGGCUACGUAUUUUACACCAGCUGAAGCUUGACCCCCAUGUCUUGGUGUCAGAUGAGAGGCUUUUGCUUACCCUGUUGAAGCCUCAUCAUGAUCGAUCCCAAGACCAGUCCAACGGUCGUUUCGAGGACAAGGUCCUUCCACCCGAAGCCCUUUUUGCUGCAAGGACUUUGUGCAAUCUAGUUCCAGCAGCCGUCGUUCCAGCCCUCUUGGCUGAAGUGGAACGUCUGCUACGUCAGCCCCAACUGCGCCAUGUAACAUCCCGGGAAUGUGCCAUCAUGCACACUCCCGCCGGCGUACUCUACGACCAAUCUGUCCUGGAAAGCAUUAUUGAGGCCACCACUGAAACCAAAAAUAUAAAGCGAGAGAGUAAGGCCUACUCGUACAAGGAACAGAUGGAGGAAAUUGAACUGAAAAAGGAGUUGGAAAAGAAAGGCAUAAAGGGCACCGUUGAACCGCAGCUGACAAAAAAGCAGAAGGAAGCCAUGGAAGCCCAACUGGAGAAAGAGCAAGCCGUCCGUCAACAUCUACUGCAGCUGAACAUGUCCCUGGAGCGAGCUCUGACUUUGUUAGAAGCGGUGGUGUCCCAACGCAGCGCCUGCGAGCAUGGGGCGCCCGCAUUUCCUGGCUUGGUGCAGGCUCUCGUGGCACUCUUCGCCAGUCCCCUGGCUGCACCCUCCGCUGCACGAGCCUUCCUGAAACUGACACAUUCCCUCUAUCCCGACGACCUGAACCAACUUGCCGAAUGCGUGGGGCACCUCGCGAUUCGUCUCUCGCAGCCAGCAGCAGAGGGCGUUGUGGACGAGCGUUGGACUCAGGAACCCGAGGGUAACGCACGCACCCGCGUGCUGGGUCAGUUACACGCGUUGUCCUGCCCCGCUGGAGCUUCGGGCGGCGCUUCUCCUGCCGGACGUCGUCUUCCAGCCCCGGCUAUGGCGUGCACGUUUCCCUUGGUGCAACUGGUGAUGGCUGACCCGCAGGCAGAAGAUACGCUCAUUACACAGUGUCUCCAAGUGUUGAGUGCCCACUCGUUCAUGCGAGGCACCCAUCCGCUUGACUGUCCUCGUAACCUUCCUGUCGAGCAGAUGUUGGAAGCCAUUGUGCAACUCUUGGCUCGUACUACUGGGCGCGUUCAGCGGCUGGCACAGAAGGUGGCAAUAGACCUCUGCCUGUCAUUGAGUGGUCUGGAAGGGUGCAGCAGGGCCAACUUUACUGAACUCCAAGUACUGCUUCGAGCCCUGUACAGCCCAGAACUGGUUGUGCGUGAAACAGCUUUGCAGGGAUUGUUGAUGCUGCAGCUGGUACUCCCAACACGAGACGUUGAUCCCAAGCAUGCCCUUGAACUGGCUUGUGGAAUUUGGAUGGCACGCUUCGACGGACAGCAAGAGAUUCAAGCUCUGGCAGACAAGCUUUGGUCUGCACUCCAGCUAGAGCCAGUGCCCGACAUGUGUCCAACCCUUCUACGGGACCUCUGCCACCAGCAGGUCGAAGUACGAGAAGCCACUGCCAGAGCGCUGGAAGCACUGGUGCAAAACCACCGUCAGAGCUUACAAGCUGUCCUAUUGCAGCUCUUUGACAUUUACACUGAUCACCUCAGGCGCCCCGAGCCAAAAAGAGACAGUUUUGGUCGCCUCCUUGAGGAGCCACUUCCGGACGUCUGGGAGCCUCGUAGUGGCGUGGGGCUAGCACUGAAGCAUCUAGCAUCCCUUAUGGGUCCUUCAGAUGUGCUGCAAGCCAUGCAGUUCUUUGUGCCGCAGGCACUGGCUGACCCCCAGCCACAGGUGCACAAGGCCAUGUUGGACGCUGCCACCACCAUCAUCGAUUUUCAUGGCAACGGUACGGUCCACCUCCUGCUGCCCCUCUUUGAGCAAUUUCUUGACGAAGCCCCCGAUGAAGGCAGCCUGGACCAAGUGCGCCAGAGCGUGGUUAUCCUUCUGGGUACACUGGCCAGACAUCUAGAAAAGGACAACCCCAAAGUGAAGCCAAUAGUUAAGAAGCUGAUUGAUGCCCUAUCCACACCUUCACAACAGGUACAAGAAGCAGUGUCUACUUGCCUGCCUCCAUUAAUCCCAGCCAUCAAGGAAGAAGCACCGGCUCUCGUGCAGAAACUGCUCACGCAGCUCCUGGAAGCUGAAGCUUACGGAGAGCGUCGUGGUGCAGCAUACGGACUUGCUGGCCUGGUCAAGGGCCUUGGCAUUCUCUCUCUGAAGCAGCUGGACAUCAUGAACGUUCUCACAGAAGCCGUGCAAGACAAGCGCCGUCCGCGUCGCAAGGAAGGGGCCCUCCUUGCCUUUGAAAUGCUCUGUAGCGUGCUGGGCCGCCUGUUCGAACCAUAUGUCGUACACGUAUUGCCGCACUUGCUUCUCUGUUUCGGUGACAGCGAUCAGUAUGUCAGGGAAGCCACGGACAGCACAGCGCGCGCCGUCAUGAGCAAGUUGACUGCCCACGGAGUGAAGUUGACCCUGCCGUCGUUGCUGGCGGGUCUGGAGAAUGACCUGUGGCGCACAAAGUCCGGCUCUGUAGAGCUCUUAGGUGCUAUGGCCUUCUGUGCCCCCAAGCAGCUGUCGUCCUGCCUGCCGUCUAUUGUGCCGAAGCUGAUUGAAGUGCUCUCGGAUUCUCACGUGAAAGUGCAACGGGCUGGUGCUCAGGCCUUGCGUCACAUUGGGUCGGUCAUCAAGAAUCCCGAAAUCCAGGCCAUAGUGCCCGUACUGCUGGACGCGCUUCAAGACCCUGCUGUGAAGACCUCUGGCUGCUUGGAGACGCUGCUCAACACAAAAUUUGUGCACUUUAUCGACGCUCCAUCACUGGCUCUCAUCAUGCCUGUGGUUCAGCGAGCGUUCCAGGACAGGUCUACGGAAACACGCAAAAUGGCUGCGCACAUCAUCGGAAACAUGUACUCUCUCACGGAUCACAAGGACUUGGCACCGUACUUGCCAUCCAUCAUACCGGGCCUGAAGCAGUCGUUACUGGAUCCAGUUCCAGAGGUCCGUAGUGUGUCAUCACGAGCCUUGGGUGCUAUGAUCAAGAGCAUGGGAGAAAGCUGCUUUGAGGACUUGAUCCCCUGGUUGAUGCAGACACUCACUUCAGAAGCUAGUCCCGUUGAUCGUUCCGGUGCAGCGCAGGGACUGAGCGAGGUGCUAGGGGGCCUGGGGGUAGAGAAGUUGCAGACGUUGAUGCCCGAAAUCAUCUCUACCGCUGAACGAGUUGACAUUGCACCUCACGUGAAAGACGGCUACAUCAUGAUGUUCAUUUACUUGCCGAUGGUGUUCCAGAAAGAGUUCACACCCUAUAUCUCUCAAAUCAUCAACCCUAUCCUCAAGGCUCUUGCGGACGAAAAUGAGUUUGUUAGAGAGACAGCCCUUCGUGCGGGCCAACGCAUGGUGAACAUGUAUGCAGAUACUGCCAUGGCGUUGUUGCUGCCCCAACUGGAGAAAGGUCUAUUUGAUGACAACUGGCGCAUUCGUUAUGCCUCCGUGCAGCUCCUUGGAGACCUCCUCUACAGGAUCUCAGGAGUCUCUGGUAAAAUGUCUACGGAGACCGCGGACGAGGAUGACAACUUUGGCACCGAGCAAAGCCACCGUGCGGUACUGCACGCUCUGGGCGAGGAGAGACGCAACAGGGUGCUGGCAGGAUUAUACAUGGGACGACUGGACACCUCGUUGAUGGUACGCCAGGCAGCGUUGCACGUCUGGAAGGUGGUGGUGAGCAACACACCGCGGACGCUGCGAGAGAUCCUACCCACGCUGUUCUCCCUUCUGCUGGGCUUCUUGGCUAGCAGCAGUUACGACAAGCAGCAGGUUGCGGCACGCACCCUCGGAGAUCUCGUACGGAAACUUGGUGAGCGCGUGCUUCCCGAAAUUCUUCCCAUUCUGGAGAGGGGCCUGGACAGUGACCAGCCAGACCAGCGCCAGGGUGUCUGCGUGGGGCUCAGCGAGAUCAUGGCCUCCACGUCCCGCGAGAUGCUUCUCACCUUCAUCGACAGCCUGGUGCCGACUGUCCGCCGCGCCCUCUGCGACCCGCUGAGGGACGUACGGGUGGCGGCUGCCAGGACUUUCGACGCCCUGCACGCGACCGUCGGACCGCGAGCUCUGGAUGACAUCCUCUCUCCGCUCCUCAGUCAACUGGAUGGUGAGGGAGAACUGGCAGAGUAUACUUUGGAUGGGCUUCGUCAGGUCAUGGCCAUCAAGAGUCGGGUUGUUCUUCCCUACCUCGUGCCUCAGUUGACUCAGUCUCCAGUGAACACAAAGGCCUUGUCUCGCCUCUCCGCUGUCGCUGGAGAUGCCCUUUCCAAGCACUUGGGUAAAAUCUUACCUGCACUGCUCGCAACGUAUGGGGCUGCCUUGGACACAACGCAGCAGCAGCAGGAGUUAGAAUAUUGCCAGGAAGUUGUGCUGUCAGUGAGUGAGGAGGCUGGUGUACGUUGUCUUGUGGACCAGCUUCUGGAAGGGGCACGGCAGCAAUCGACACGACGCGCUGCUGUUGCCCUCCUCUGUGCGUUCUGCAGUCACACGAAAGCAGAUUUGGGACCGCACGUGCAGCAAAUCCUGCGAGACCUACUCCUGCUGUUCACAGACAGUGACCCCCAUGUGCUGCAGCUGAGUGCAGAGGCCCUAGCUGCUGUCACCAAGACGCUGGAUACGAACCAGCAAAUUCUCUAUGUGAGCGAUGUCCGUCAGGCCAUUCGGUUUGCCAUGAGUGACCUCAAGGGGCAGGAAUACUUGCCAGGAUUUUGUCAAGAAAAGGGUAUCUCGCCAAUCCUGCCCAUCUUCAGGGAAGCUAUUCUGAUUGGGAGCCCCGAGCUCAAGGAGCAGGCUGCCCAGGGCCUCGGAGAAGUGAUUCGGCUCACUGAAGCGCAGGCUCUACGACAGUCGGUCAUCAGCAUUACCGGGCCACUGAUUCGAAUUUUGGGUGACCGCUUCAGCUUCAGCGUGAAGGUCGCGGUGCUCGAAACGCUGGCAUUAUUGCUCGCUAAGGUCGGAAUCCAGCUGAAGCCAUUCCUGCCUCAGCUGCAGACAACAUUUUUAAAAGCUCUCAAUGACGGCAACCGUCAGGUGCGACUACGCGCUGCUUUGGCCCUUAGCCACCUGAUUGUUAUCCACACACGCUGUGACCCAGUGUUCCAGGAGCUGCACAACUCGGUAAAAAAUCAGGAUGAUGCAGCUGUAAGGGAAACAAUGCUCUUUGCCCUGCACUGUGUGGUGUCUGCAGCAGGCAACAAGAUGUCAGACCUGAUGAGGAGGAAUGUGACAGCCACAGUAGCCACAUACCUGGGUUCGUCGGAAGACAGCUGCCGCACGGCUGCUGCCGGUUGUCUGGGGGCACUUUGCCGCUGGCUGCCUCAGAACGAGCUCACAAAUUUUGCACGCGACUACCUCUUGAACAAAGAGUCAAGCGAGGAGUGGACAUUGCGCCAUGGCUGCAGCGUAACGUUGGCGGUCGCGCUGAAGCAGGCCCCCGAACGGCUCCUGACGGAGGAAUGGACAGAUGCUAUAGUAGCGACGCUUAUCAAGUACCUAACUGCCGAUCGGGUACCAAUCGUACUGAGUGGUGUGCGAGCGACAGUGUAUUUCUUACGCUACACCAUGAAGGAUUCCGACAACUUGCCACAGCCAUUGCUCACGACAUUUGCUAAGUGCCUAAACCAUGGAAGUAAUGAGGUGAAGCAUCUGGUGGCACAGAGUUGCCAGUGGGUGUGUCGGGAACCAGCGAGGCCGACUCCACAGCUCAUGCGGGCGCUCGUGCCCCAGCUGGUGAACGGAACAAAGGAGAAGAACUCUAUGGUACGAGCCAGCAGCGAGUCAGCACUAGUCACACUUCUCAGGUUGCGUGGACCGUCAAACAACGUACUUCAGGAGUGCCUGGGAGUACUAGACGCAGGUGCCAGAGAAGCACUGGAAGACGUACACGCACGUGUACUCAGACGGGUGGCCCUGCAACCCCAACCCAAGGAAGAGGAGGACCUGGAUGACACUAUCCAGUGGGGAAACAACUCAACCCUGUAAAUGAACGCCUAAAAUACACACACACACCCUUGUUACUGGAAGGAGUUUUUACGACACUUUAUGCGCACCCGUGUGGUGUCAGUCAUACGACUCUCAACUCGAAGAAAUUGACAGUGUCGGUGGUUGCAUCGGUCCUUCUGAGAACGUUUUACAGUGUGCUGUUGAGACAUCUUUAUUUUGCUUCUAGUAUCUCGUUCUUCUUUUCCGUUUGAAAGUGUCGAACCAGGUCUUGUGUGACUUAAAUUUUGGGGAGGAGUGGGGGAGUGGGAGGAUUCUAAGGUUAUUAUUAUUGAGGACCCCGUGCGAGUUAGUGUUUCACAAGCUCACUUUUCGUAAUGGGACUCCCCCUUUUUGGUUCUUUAUUAAAUCUGUGUGUUGAGUUGUAAAUAAAUAUAAAAUUGUCAAGGUA